AUGCCCAGUAACGACAACGAGGGGCAAUCUGUUAAUUCUUGCCCCUCUGAGGCCACCCCACUCCUGCGCAAUGAUUCCGCCCAGCAGACGAGUCACCAUGAAGUCUCAUACUCCGCAACUGAUGUUGAAUCAGCCUGCUCAUCCAACUAUACGGGAGAGGAAAUCGCCGUUCGCUGUCUAUCCAGUGCAAGCUCUGCAUUCGGAGAAGCCCAUGCCAAGCCAGCUUCUAGGGCUGGUUCUCCCAACCAAGAGUCGAUAAUUUCAAACCAUGAAAAUGAUUAUGCCUCGAGGUUCAUUGACAUCUCUCCGACGAGGUUCUGGGUUAUCUUCAGCGGCAUAAUGAUGGGCUACAUGAUCGGCUUUUUUGACUCGACCCUCAUGGCUUCCAGCCAUCCAGUCAUCACUUCCUACUUCAAAGCAGCCAACUCGGCCUCUUGGCUAUCAACAGCCUUCUUGUUGACAUCAACUGCAUUUAUGCCCCUCUUUGGACGCAUUUCCGACGCAUUCGGCCGGAAACCUGUGUAUCUUUUCUCUAUUGCAAUGUUCUUCAUCACCACUGCAGGUUGUGGCUUGGCGCAGAAUAUCGGCACUUUUAUCGCUGCUCGCGCGCUGUGUGGACUUGGUGCAGGUGGUAUCUUCUCCAUCGGCCAGAUUAUCUCCAGUGAUUUGGUACACCUCGAGUACCGCGGGGUCUACCAGUCAUACAUCAACCUGUGUCUCGGCACCGGCAGUAGUCUCGGCCUUGCCUUUGGAGGUUACCUGUGUGAUCAUAUCGGCUGGCGGGGUGCAUUUCUCAUCCAGUUGCCUUUCAUUUUUGUUUACUUCAUCGCAGCUGCUUGGACAGUCCCGGCAGACCUCGGCAUUAAACAAACUGGAAUGGAGCGCUUGAAGGUCUGGCAGUUGGUCCGGAGUAUCGAUAUAAUGGGAUCAAUCAUCUUGAUUAUGUGUGUGACUCUGUUGAUCAUGGGUCUGAACUUUGGAGGGAAUGUGUAUCCUUGGAGCCAUCCACUCAUUGUCAUCUCCCUGGUUUCAUCGUUAGUCCUAGCAGUUAUCUUGGUGCGCUAUGAGCUGCACGUCCCACGACCCGUGCUACCAAUUGAGCUCAUGACAAAGGAUCCUCGGGCCAGUAUUAUCUUUGGCAAUUUCUUUGCCGCUGUGUCUAUACACACCGUGUUGUUCAACGCUCCGUUGUAUUUUCAGGCCGUCAAGUUGACCAGCCCAACUGCUUCUGGUCUACGCCUUGUGGCAUCCUCCAUAGCUGUCACUAUCUCUAGUGUGGGCACCGGGUUCAUGAUCAACUGGACCAGGCGUCUCAAACCUUUCGUCAUGAUAGGUGUAUGCUGCAUGCUGAUAGGUGGAUGUGCGCCUGCAACAAUGGGCAUUGACACCUCUCAGCCACUCUCUAUGGUCUGCAUCGCAUUCUCCAGUCUAGGUCAGGGCUUCGCAUUUCCCAGUCUGAUGGUCUCCAUUCUUGCAACUAGUGAGAAAAAAGAUCAGGCAGUCGCAACAACCACUCUUGGCUUGUGGAGAAGCCUGGGUGCCGUGAUGGGUGUGGCUGUCAGCAGCUGGAUCUUCCAGAAUAGCCUCAUAUAUCACCUCAACAACAAAGUCACAGGUCCUGAGAAGGAUCACAUUAUUACACUUGUCCGCAAAUCUGUUGAUAGCAUUGCCCACUUGGACCCAAUCCAUCGGCAAGAAGGUGUGUUCAUUUCUUUGGAGUGCCGACAUGCCUUGACCUUGCUAAUAAUCAACCAGUCACUACAUCAUACUGCGCAGCUCUUCAACUAA